AUGACGGCAGUGUUCCAUGACAUGAUGGGAAAAGAAGUGGAGGAUUACGUCGACGAUCUGGUGGUGAAAUCUAAGACUAGAAGUGAGCAUUGGGGUACCUUGAGGAAAGUACUACAAAUAUGCAGAGAAUAUAAGCUGAAGAUGAAUCCAAAAAAAUGUGGAUUUGGGGUGUCUUCGGCGAGGUUUCUUGGUUUCGUGGUACAUAGUAGAGGCAUUGAUGUUGAUCCCAGCAAGGUCCGGGCCAUUGCAUCUCAUCCACCACCCUCGAAUCAGAAAGAAUUGAAGAGUUUCCUAGGAAGAUUGUCUUACAUAAGACGCUUCAUACCUGGUUUGGCUGCUGUAAUCCAAGCAUUCACACCCCUGUUGAAAAAGGGGAACAAAUUUACGUGGGACGCUGAAUGCAAGGAGGCUUACUUAAAGGUUCAGCAGCUUAUCACCAAGCUCCCAACCAUGAAAGCACCAAUUCCAGGCGUCCCCUUAAAACUGUAUUUGGCCUCCACCAAUGCAGCAGUGGGAGCAUUAUUAGCACAGGACAGUGAAGCUGGGGAAGAAUUUCCUAUUUACAAUGUGAGCAAGCUUUUGAGAGGGGCUGAAACACGCUACCCUAAGGCAGAAAGGCUUUGUUUAGCACUUGUCUAUGCAGCACAAAGAUUACGUCACUAUUUUUUGGCCCACAAGCUUCAACUUAUGGUGAAGACUGAUUUGGUCAGAUAUUUGCUGACGAAACUAGUGCUAUCAGGGCGGUUAGCAAGAUGGCUGCUCCAGUUGUCUGAGUUCGACAUUGUAUGUACGACACCGAGGGCUAUCAAGGGGCAGGCCGUCAUCGACAUGAUCACCCUCUUCCCAGAAGAAGGAGGAUUCGAUGUUUCUCAUGACAUACUUGGAGAGUUACCUGGGAUGACAGCAGUGGUUGAAGAAGAGGAGCCUUGGACCCUUCACUUCGACGGGUCAGCCACGGCUAACGGAGGAGGAGCUGGAAUUGUACUUGUGGACCCUAAGGGGCAUGCCAAGCCCCUUUCAUUCAAGCUAAACUUCUCAUGCACUAAUAAUGUGGCAGAGUAUGAAGCUUUUAUUGCUGGGCUUGCAACUGCACAUGAAUUGAGAGUCAAGAAAAUCAGAGUCAUCGGAGAUUCAAACUUAGUCAUCAGCCAAUUGAAGGGAGAUUUUGCGGUGAAAGAAGUGACCUUGGCACCCUAUAGAACUUUGGCAGAAAGGUUAAUCAAGAAGUUUGAGCAGAUAACUCUUGAGCACAUUCCCGGCAGCACUAACAGAUAUGCGGACGCUUUGGCUACCCUUGGUUCCAAGCUUUCAUUCACAAGGGAGCAACCCAACAUCACGGUAAUUCAAAAUAACAAGCCAUGUGUAGAAGCUAUGAUUUUCUCAAGCCCAUCAAGUGAGAAAGAUUGGCGAGAAGGUGUCAAGGGCGAGAUGGCUCAGUUAGACAAGGAAGAUAGACUCAGAACACUAGGAGAUUAUAGUUUGAUAUUUGGGGAAUUAUACAAGCGCCUUCCUGGAGGAGUUUUAGCCCGCUGUGUAGAUGAAGAAGAAGCUUGA